AUACGAAUUUUAGUCGCUGAGUUUAGCUCAACGUCGCUGGUUUAGGUACAUGGCAAAGCUCGUUAACUAAGCCUCGUUUCAAUCAACAACAAAAAGCAACGACGAGAGAACAAUAAACAAUAAAGUUACAACAACGGUGCGACAUGUUGUUAUUGUUGUAGAAUUUCACGCAGAAUACUCAACCGCGACUCAAAACAAAAAGAGAAAAUAAACAAAUCCGAGUUCGAGAUCGAGAUCGAGAUCGUCGUGCAAUCAAAAAAUUCCCGAUAAGAAAGAAAGAAAACAAUCUGACUGACGAGAAAGUAUCUAGGAUAUCAAAGAUACUUGCUAAUAGAUAGCUAUCUAAAUUUCCGAGAUGUCACCCAAGGACGGCGGCGGCAUGGACCUGUCCAAGCACAGCAACAAAUACACGCUUAACCAUGCCUCGACCCUGGCCCCCGCGCAGCUGGGCAGCCCCGCCGAAAAGGCGGAGGCAAGCAGUGCAAAGACAGCGACGCCUCCGACGACGCGCACCUGGCGGGAGAAGCUGCGUCUGGUUGCCAACAACAUCACUGUGGAGCCCAUCCUGGCCGCCUACAUAAUGCCCAGUGUGCUCUCGAAUCUGGCCACACAGAAUCUGAACCUGGAGAAAGCGUGUCGCGUGAACAUGGCCUAUGGCGAUGAGAUCUGCGAUGCGCUCACUCGUCGCCAAACGGCGAACUACACUCUCGAGGAGGAGACAGUGCAACAGAUGGUGGCUCGAAUGGCUGCGUGGAAGACUGUCAUUCAAUCGCUGUUCCCCUGCCUGCUGAUCCUCUUCUGGGGCUCGUGGAGUGAUCGCCACCGACGACGCAAGCCCUGCAUCCUCAUUCCGGUCGUCGGCGAAUUCCUUGGCGUUGUCGGUCUCAUGCUCUGCGUCUACUUUGAGAAUGCGCCCAUGGAGGCGGCCGCCUUGACCGAGGCCAUCUUUCCAUCGCUCAGCGGCGGCUGGUUCACCAUGCUGAUGGGCGUCUUCAGCUACAUUGCUGACAUCACCACCGAGGAGGAGCGCACUCUGCGCAUCGGCAUCCUCAAUGUCUGCUUCUCGGUGGGCGUGCCCAUUGGCAUGGCAUUCAGUGGAGUCCUGCUCAAACAAAUUGGCUUUUACGGCGUCUUCUCGAUUUCGGCUGCUUUCUACGUGCUCGCCUUCGUCUAUGGCUUCUUCUUCCUCGAGGAACCCGUUGCAAGACCCGAGAAGACGGCGCCCCAAAAGAGCCUACUGGCCGAUUUCUUCGACAAGGAGCACGUGGUGCAGACGUUCCGAGUGGCCUUCAAGAAGGGCGAGAAUCAGAGGCGCCAACGCGUUAUCCUCCUGAUGAUCGUAGUGAUGGUGAUCAUUGGACCGCUGCACGGUGAGAUGGCGGUCACAUAUCUCUUCACACGCUUCCGAUUCAAUUGGUCGGAGGUGGAGUUCAGCUUCUUCUCCACCUACGCGAUGUUCACGGGUCUCAUUGGUGUCAUCUUCUGUGUGGGCAUUCUGUCGCACAAACUGGAAAUCGACGAUGCUUUGGUUGGCGUCUUAUCGAGCACCUCGAAGAUCCUGUCGUCCUUUGUGUACGCGUUCGCUACGCUCCCAUGGCACAUGUAUUUGGGAGGUUUGGUCGAGAUCUUCAAUGGCACCGCGUUCAUUGCGAUGCGCUCGAUUGCCACCAAGCUGGUGUCCAAGGACGAGCUGGGCAAGGUGAACUCGCUGUUCGGCGUCGCCGAAGCUCUCAUGCCCAUGGUCUUUGCACCCAUGUAUACGACGUUGUAUGCGGCCACAUUGAAGGUCCUUCCGGGUGCGUUCUUCCUGCUGGGUGGCGGACUCACCAUGUUCUCCGUGGGCAUCUUUCUCUGGAUGUACCGCUUCCAGGUGAAGCAGCGUCGCAAGCAGGCGCGUCCUGAUACGGAGCAGGGUUCGUUCCGGGAGACCAAUGGCAGCAUUAAUGCCGUCGAGGCUUUGGCGCUGGCCAGCGAGGCGAAGGGUCAGCUAAAUGGCAUCAUUGCAAAUGUGAUACACGAGUCCUUGGAGCAUGCGGAACCACCACCACCACCACCAACAACAACAACAGCAGCGGCGACGACGACGGCGUCGACGACGGCAACGCGGCAAAAUGGCAUUGAGAAUCGUGGUUUCGUGCAGGACACGCUGGAGGCCAAGGCAAAGGAUGCUUAGGAUUAUGCACCGCCCUCACCCCGCCCCGUCUGUUAUAUAAUUAUUCUGUACCUACUUAUGUUACUGCAAAAUACUUCUCUACAUCGCUUUGUAGUAGUUUGUCCCCCCCGCCCCGGGUCACGUAUUAUAUGUACCUAAGUAUCGUACGAUCUGUAAAUUGUUUAGUCCUAAGUUCCACACAAAGAAAAAGCAGUUGGAUUUCGAUGGCCAAGUGCUUUUGUCUAUUAUUUUUUUUGAUUUUUUUUUUAUUAGCUUUAAGGCUGUAAAAGUAUUGAAUAAAUUUAAUAACGU